GCAGGAGACCAAACAUCUUGAUUGAUCAAAAUGGCUUCUUCAGAGUUGGACAUCGUCUCUGCUUUUGUGGAAGGAGCUCCUCCGGGAGAGCUGGCAGAUGUUAUCGCAGAUAUCAAAGCCCUUACAGUUUCGAGUCCAGACACCAUAUCACAGCUCGGGCCAGCUUUCGAGAAAUACAAUGAGGAACAAUUCGUGACGGUCAAACUCCCAGGAGGCAGUCAACAUGUCAUAGUCAGCUCGUACAACAGUCUUGGGGACGGACGAUACUACGAUGUGGAAAGCUCGUCCAGCUUUGCUUUCAACCACAGCACACAGAAAGCCAGUGCAGUGCAGAGCCAUGUGUUGGAGAGCAGUCACUCAGAUCUGGUAAAAUCCCUCCUGAAAAGUCUAGGAGCACACGUCAAAGAACACUACCCCAAUGCCUCGUACGGCGUCUAUCCGAUCGAAGACGAUUCGAAGCUCGCAAUACUCGUGGCCGCAAACAAGUAUAGUCCGAAUAACUUCUGGAAUGGUCGCUGGCGCUCACUCUACAUCUACUCACCGUCAUCCUCUUCUCUGGAGGGAAGCAUCAAAGUAGAUGUCCAUUACUACGAGGAUGGCAAUGUACGUCUCUUGACCUCAAAGCCAGUCUCGGCAUCGAUAUCCUCAGAUUCGGCUACCUCGAUCGUUAGAGAAAUUGCAGUUGCAGAGAAGAAAUACCAGGAAGAGAUCAAUAGGGGAUUCAGCAAUCUGAGCGAAGGAGCAUUUAAGGGGCUACGAAGACAAUUACCAAUCACAAGACAGAAAAUUGAGUGGGACAAAAUUGCGGGGUAUAAAUUAGGUCAGGACAUUGGAGGCGGGAGCUCGAGAAGAUAG